AUGGCAGACGUACCCAUGAUUAUGGAGGAAAGCGCUGCGGAAAAGCUGAGAGCUCACCCAAAGAUACAAUUUCAUCCGGCAACAAACCUCUACUCCUACAAGGCAGAGAUAGUCGUAGACAGCAAAGACGCAAUCCUUACGGAGAUGCAAAGACAUGGGAAGAAAGGCGUCGGCGUUUCAAUCAAAAACCUGAAAGAGUCGUGGAAAGGAUCCGUGGACGCCAUCCUCGAGCUCGAACAGGAGGGGAAAGUUAUCAUUAUCCGCUCCGGCAAGGACGAUAACCCAAAAUUCGCCUUUUGGAACCCAAUUACACAGGAGCAAAGGGAUAUGCAGAUUAUCGAUGACGAAUUCAAGACUAUGUGGCUCGAACAAAACGUACCUGAAGACGCAGACAUCGUUCGCUCUCUUAGCUCUGGUGAUCAGGGAAUGACUCUCACCGUCUCACAUGCCAUGGCGACAAAGCCACAGCAAAAGAAGAAGGCCCGCAAAGUGAACAAGCCACGGCCGACCAAGCUCACGAAUACGCAUAUUCAGGGAGUAGACCUCUCAAUAGACUAUCCUGGGCCAUCAGCCUCGUGA